AUGCUGAUAUAUGGUUUAAUUCGCGCCCUACUCUUGGAGGAUGUUCUUCAACGGCCGGCAAUGAGAACGAUACGAGGUAGAGUUGCACGGCCUAAUCAUCGACGACUGCUAACCGAUAUGCCGUCUCUGCAACACAGACGUAUUGCACCAAGAGUCCGUGCAAUUGGCCGUCUUCGCCAAUAUAUGGCAACGGCAAUCCGGAAUCCGUAUGAACGCGGAGGCCCGUCGUCUGGCAAUUUGCCCAAUUUGCCGUACCCGGUGGCUUCGCAAAACUCGAGACGUUCCACCGACUCUUGGCAUGAUGAUUCGAUGUUGGGGGAUAAUAAAGACUUCGCUUCGUCGCUUAACGUUUAUUUUAUACUUUCAGAGUUGGGUUUCACAACUUUUGGA